AUGUUCUGCCUCCUCGACCUGACCGAGGACAUCCUCGUCGAGCCGCGGUACUUCGGACCCAAGCUGCGCGACCACCUCGAGCGGGUGCUCCGGGACAAGUUCGAAGGCCAGCUGCUGCGCAAGCGCGGCUACGUCAUUUGUAUUACCGAAAUCAAGUCCACGAGCCAGGGAGAGAUCCAGGACUACACGGGGUGGGCGCUCUUCCACGUCGUCUUCUCCUGCGUCAUCUACCGCCCCCUCAAGGGGGAAGUGAUCGACGCGCAGGCUGUCAGGGUGGCGGAGAACGUGUGCAUCGCUGCAGCCGGUCCGCUGCUGAUCGUGGUGCCGACGGACUCGCUGUCGGAGAGCGGGUGGAAGUUCGACGCCGAUACGAGUGCGUGGCGGCGAGGGGCGGGGAGUGCGGACGACAGCAAGCUCACGAAGGACACGCGCAUUCGACUGAGGAUCACGGGGCUGCACUACAGGCUCGAAAACGAGGCCUGGAAGGUCACCGGGAUCGGCAGCAUCUCUGAGCCCCACCUCGGGGUGCUGUGA